AUGGCCCAAGAACAUCUACUCCCACCGCCUUCGCCUCUUCCUCAAUUUCGCCGCACGCCGACGUUUCGCAACACAAAGACCUUCUGGAUUCCGCUAAUCACCAUCGUCGUUUUUCUGUCCGUUUUCUUCACCCCUCUUCCGCGUACGUACGACGAACACCGCGAUGCCGUCAUUCAGUCCAUCACAGACACAGCCAAGGAUGUUUUGCCUCCGGCACUGUCGCACGAAAACUGGCACCCUACAGAGCUCGACCAGGUGAAGGCCAAGUACGCCUUCGCGACAUUCCUCGCUGGAGACGCCAAUCAAGACGAGAACUGGGANAAAGACCACUACUUUGUUGCUACGCGCAUCCUCGCAUAUCAAUUGUUGCAUGCGCCAGAGACGUCAUCUCGCGACAAGUCCAUUCCCUUCGUUGUCUUGGUCACCGAGAACGUGUCGGAAGCAAAGAGACAGAGACUGCGCAAGGAUGGAGCGGUCGUGGUUCUGGCAGACUUUAUCAAGGCCGACUGGGUCAAGACCGAAACAAGCACGUGGCAAGACGUCGCGACCAAGCUGCGCUUGUGGGAGUUGACACAAUUCGAGCGCAUCUGCUUCCUGGAUGGCGAUACAGUUCUGGUCGAGCCUCUUGACGGCAUCUUUGCUGAUCCCGCCGUCGAGACUCAUGCAACUCUGACACAGCCUGCUGCUACAAAGUCGGAUGAGGGAGCUUUGCCUCUCGACUACAACUUUGCUGGCGUGCCUGAGAUGAACCGUGACCAUGGCUAUCCUCCCACCGAGGAACACCACGACUUCNNCCCCAACAUUGGCUACCUUAACGCUGGUUUCUUCGUUUUCAAGCCUUCGCGCGAAGUCUUUGACUACUACAUGUCACUACUCAAGCUAGACAACCGCUUCGACCCUCAGUUCCCUGAGCAAAACCUGUUGAACUACGCGCACCGCAAGAAUGGCAACAUGCCUUGGACCCAGCUCGGCAACGAAUGGAACAUCCACUAUCCCAAGGUUGAUGAUCUUCUUGGCGGAGUUAAGAGUCUGCACGACAAGUGGUGGUCGCCCGAGGUCCAGGACCUCAAGCCGUAUAUGGAGAGUUGGCGCUGGAGGAUGGAGGGCCAUUACGAGGCCAGAGACCAGCUGCUCACAAAGGACUACGAAAAGCAUGGUCUUCAGCAAGAGUCAUAA